UAUGAUCCUAUUCGUACAAUUUAAAAUUAGUUUACUAAUUCGAUAUGUGGGGGGCGGGCGAAACACUGAAAAAAACCAAAUACUAUUAUGGCGGUAAACUAUUGGGCGUUGUUCUUGACACCUGUUGCUUUUCCUCGGUUUUGUGGUUUGAAGGAACUUUUGGUUUUUAGAAUUUAAAAAAGGAAGUUCGAAACUACACAUAUGAGUUUGAAUCAUGGUACAACGAAGUAAAAAUUAGCAAUGGGUAAAAGCGAAGAAAGAAACGGAAACACAAUACAAAUAAGUGAAUCAACUUUUCUUAUAAAAACAUCAAGCGAAGCUAGUAAGAUGCUGGAAGCUGCUUUGUUACAAAUGGAUGACAUUAUUUCUGGUGUAUGUACAGAAAGCAAUAAUGAAGGUAAUGCAGAAUGGAAGGAUUCUGUUAAAGAAGCCACAAAAAAUCUUGUGACAGCAAUUAAAAACUCUCCAAGUUCUCCGUCUCCCCCAGAUACAGCUACUAUUGAAAUUUUACUGCAGUGGAUGCAACCGAGUUGUCCAUUAGGUAAUGCUAAAAUGGUUAAUCUGAGGGGAAGUGUGCCUAAUCUCUGUGCAUCCACAAACCUAACACACAUUGGGUCUCUUCCGCCUUUCUAUUCUACAGUAUAUAAUAUGAGCUUUUGUUCAAAAACCAAUGAUUAUCAAGGCAAUAAAGAUUAUAAAGGAAAUCAAAGCAGUCGUUCUUUAGAAUUAGGAAAAAAACGACAAGUGAGGAAUAGAAUAUUAGCUGAACAAAGAACUAAAUCACAAUCGGAUCUUCUUUUAAGAAGAAAAGAAUUUCCUUAUUGUUGUUUCUCACAACAUUUUCAAGAUACACAAAAAUGCCAUAAGUGUCAAACAAAGACUGAGGAACGUUUAAAAAAAUUAGAAAAUGAACGUGGAGCACUAUUGAUGGAAGUAUCAGUUUUGUCAGAGCAAGUGGAUGCACAAUCCAACAAAAUACAAGAGUUGGAAAACAUGCUUAGGGAAAAGAAGGAUACUCUUAGAAGAAUGGAAGAGGCAUUGCAGAAGGAAGUACUCUCAAGAAGUGCUUUGGAAACACAAAAAUUGGAACUCUUGAGUUCUUUAUCAGAAAUGAAACUUAAACAAGCAAGUUUAGAGCAUGAAAAUCUUGCACUCCGUAGUAUAAGUCCUAUGUCAAAUGGAGAAAAAUUUGGGAGGCAUACCAGUCAAUAUAGUAGUCUUCCUAGGCCUCCGAGUACUUCAAAGAAAGGUGUAAUGUUCGGUAAGGUACCCAGUUUAGUUUCUGGAGUACACACAACGGUACCAUUGGCCGUUAAAGGAGUCUCCGCGAGAUGCCUGUCUGCACCUACUUUAGCUGAAGAGGAAAAAACAAUUAUAGGAGAUUCAAAUUUUCGAAUGGAGUCGACUCAGAAAUCUUUGGUAGAACUUUCAAUGGAAGAAAUUGGAGAUUGGCUUACAAAUUUAGGAUUAGAAUGUUACGCAGGUGAAUUGAGAAGAUGGGGUGCUACUGGAUCAAAAUUAUUAGAAUGCUCGCAACAACAAUUAGAAAAGGAAUUAGAAAUUAAAAAUGUUCUUCAUAGGAAAAAAUUAUUGUAUGCAAUAGAAUCAGAAAAAACUGGUGGAGCUGAAUUUCUUGGAUCAGAGAAAAUGGAUAAUGCAGCAGUUUUGCGAUGGCUAGAUGAUAUUGGGUUACCACAACAUAAAGAAGCUUUUCAAAAUGGUAAAGUUGAUGGUAGAAUGUUACAUAGACUCACCACUGAAGAUCUUUUAAAUCUUGGAGUUACUGCACAGUUACAUGCUGCAAGCCUUAGAAGAGGAAUUCAGAUUCUACGAGAAUUAAAUUUUGAAUUUGAUAACCUUGAAAGAAGAUCUACAAAUGGUAAUGGAGCAGAUGGUAGUAAUGUUCAUCUCUGGACAAAUCAUCGAGUAAUGGAAUGGCUUAGAGUAGUUGAUUUAGCAGAAUAUGCACCAAAUAUGAGAGGAUCUGGAGUACAUGGAGGUUUGAUGAUGUAUGAAGGCAGAUUUACUUCAGAAUUGUUAGCCACAAUACUUAGUAUUUCGCCAGGAAAAACUCUUCUUCGUAGACAUUUAACUACACAUUUCAAUCAAAUUCUUGGAAGAGAAGUUGUACAAAGGAAAAGAGAGAUUGAAAGUACUCUUGGAUUCGUUCCACUUACGCUUACUGCUCGUUUGAAGGUACCUAAGAAAUCUCAGUUUACUUUAAAACGCAAGAAAAGCAAGAAUGAAGCAGAUUAUGGUAAUUUGGUCUGCCCUUUGGAAGCUUCACCGCCAGGUACUCCAUCAACACCUACUUCAACACCAGGCAGUCCUAACUUAAAUUCACCUACAUUCUAACAAUAAUCAGAGAUCACAGUCUCAGCCAAGAGAUAAUAGACAGAGGAGAAUUAUUGGUUGCAUCUGAAGAAUGUAAUUACAUCUGUAAAUAAGAAAAAUAUUCUAGGGACCAUUAUUUCAUCUACUUAGACUAAGUUUGACUAUUUAAUUUUGUAUGAUAAAAAAAAAUCUUUAAAAAGUACUUUAGUAAAUCAGUUUACUUAUAGUAAAUCUUUAAAUGCACAUCCCGUUGAAGUAAUUUUUCUAGAAAAUAUUGCGUUU